AGAUGAAGCCGUUCUCUUUCCAGUGCCAAUUUUCUGACCAAAUCAGUAAUAAUUUUAGUUUUCACACCAAUGUCCUUGGCAGUGGACACCUUCGCAUGGUUGGCUUCAUGUAACGAGUUCUCUAGACUUUCUACUCGACCUCUUAGAAAUGCUAGCUCUUCACUAAGUUCUAAAUUUGUGCCUGUUAACAGUGUGCAUUUUGACUCAGCACACUCAGCUCUGGUUUCAGUUUUUGAAACUUUACCCUUCAGAUCUUCAAUAAUAUGUUCCAUAUCAGACAUCGUACAUUUCAGCAUACCUUGCUGUUCAACAAUGGCAUCAACCGCUGCCUUUCCAUGCUCUAAUUGGGUAUUUGACUCUGUAAGUUUCUUCUCCAAAAGACUGGCCUUAUCUGACUUCUCGCUUUUAAGGGCAUUUAGUUCCCCAUUAAACUCUAUAUUAGGUACAGUUAGCUCCAUACACCUUAUUUCUGCAUUUUGCGCUUUGCUUUCUGCUCGUGAGACAUCAUCUUUGAUAUUCUUAAUUGUGUUUUCCAAUGUGCUCAGCUCAGAUUGCAAUGCAUUUUGCUCCUCCUGCUUUGUUGUAGUAGUCAGUCGUGAUGAACCAGUAGUUUUUUCUUCUCUUCACUUGUACAACUGAUGCUUUCAAAAACAAGGCAAAGUUCUUUUGUGCUACUUAAACGAACAAUUCUGAAUGUGGGAUGCCAAAGAACUGAAUGUUGUGACCAACCGAAUGGAUCGAGACAUGCAUGAAAUAUUUUUGGUAUGCUUGGCUGGCAGUCAAAGGGGUGCUCAACUGUCUUUGUGGUCAAGCUUCUGAUGCUUAGCCUAUAUGUUUAGUUAAUUGUACAUCAUGGUAUUUAGUGAUUGAACUAAUUCGCGUAGUGUCUAGCUGCCUAUCCACACCAGCACAAAUAUAGUAUUAACACUCCUUGGUAUCGAUUGACUUAGAGGACUACCAUAAGAUAUACCAGCAAUAUAAAAAAUAAACCAAGGACGUAAUCGUGUUUCUUCGCUGAUCAGGGUGGAACCCAGUUGAUGCGUGGAAUCUACUGCCAUACACAUGGGUUUUGAAUUAGUAAAUGCGAUUAGCUAAAAGUUGAUUUUAGAUUGUAAUCAAUAUUUGGUAUAUUUAUCAUGACCAUUGAGCUUCGCUAUUGUCUAUUUGACUCUUGUACCAACACAAUUGGCGUUGAGCUUGGCCUGGUUUAAUGUUGCUUUGAUAUUCAUAUGUACUUGACAGGACUGGAGUCUAAAAUAGUUGUAUGUAGAAUAGGUGUGGGGGUAUUGCCAAAUAUGCAAAAAAAAUAUCACACUUAGCAAUCCACUUUAGCAGGAUGACUAUGAAUUUGUUAGGAAAGUUGGGAGAGGAAAAUACAUUUUCCUAUCGCGACACCAACUUCCUUAACAACCCCACCUGGUCAAUAUCUCCAUGAAUGUUUGCAUCCACUUUAGAUUUUGGAUUUGAUCAAGUUCCUAAAGGUAUUCAUUGCAACUUUGGUGUAUCACUUUCAGUUUACUAAUGGUUAUGCCUAGCAUUGUUUGGUAAGUUGCUGGCGGUGGCCGCUGCCGGUGAAGUUUAAGCAGGCGAUGCAGGGUAGAAGGCGAAGUCCCUCAAGAGAUUCCACUACCACAAAGCAAGCUGAUUAUGUACCUGACACAUUGCACACGGAGCAAAUGACAGAGCAAGCUGGGCUCAAUUGUUCUGGACAUUCAGAUAUCCUGGUAAACUCUACGUAUUUUUUAAUGCACCACUGCUAGAAAUUUCUAGCACAAAUUUUGAAAGGGAUGCUUGCUUGCAUCCUUGCCGGACAAGUCUGCAUGGAACACAAACAAACAGGCCUGAAAUGCACAUGGGCAGAGACACAAAUGCAAGCCGAUUUCUUCACUGUGAUGGCUCAAGUGAUCAAAGCCGAUUUUCAAUGCAGUUGCAUCUGAAUGCAUUGAAUAAGCAAGUUAGGCAUUUCACUGGUUUGGGAAAUACCCCUAUGACUUACAACCUUAGGCCUGUCAUUGAAGAAAUUCAAAGGUCCGCGGAGGAUAGUGGUGACAAACGAAAUUUGAAGAUGUGCUUGGGGAUGCUAAAGUCCAUGAGAAAUCGCUGUGAUCAGAACUUUGUUGCUUAUAGAAAGGGUCUUGGUGUUGUUUGCAACAAAAAAGGUGGAUUCGGUGUAGAUGACUUUGUUGUUGAAUUCUUUGGGGAGGUUUACCCUUCUUGGAGAUGGUACGAAAAGCAAGAUGGUAUUAAACAUAUACAAAACAACAGUGAAGAUCAAGCUCCUGAGUUUUACAACAUUAUGUUAGAAAGGCCAAAGGGAGACCGAGAUGGAUAUGACUUGGUUUUUGUUGAUGCUAUGCGGCCAACUACGCGAGUAGAAUCUGUCACUCCUGCAACCCUAACUGCGAAGCAAAGUAAGAUCCUUUUAAGGUUCAGGUUCCAACCUUGUGAAUGUUAACUGUUUCAUUGCUUCUGUGGUUAUGUAAUAUCAUUCUUUGAUUAUUGGUCAGAAUUUAUGUGUAUGAUGUGCAUGACGUAUUUUUUUGGAGGGAGUAACCCCCUCUGUGUACUAUGUAUUAAUGAAAUGACACA